CUUCUUGGAUUGCAACGUGUAGGGAAUCCUAAUUUAAAAGAUUAUGUUGUCUGAGAGGGAAUUAUUACUUUAGUGUCGAAUUAGUAUUUUAAACCUCACAAUACAAAUACACAUAUUUCCAUAACUGUACUUAUAGCAUAGAAUAUUAUAGUCUAGCAAUCAGCACAGUACCUGUAGUCAGGGCAUAUAACAUACUCCCUAUGCAUAUAUCCAUAUGCGUUUUGUUUGCCAACACUUUAGCAUGAUCCAGUGCUAGACCCUGGGAUUUCUUUGGACUUAUCGGUUAAAAAGAAUGACAUAAUUUGUCCACUGGUAUUAAGAAUUUGUCAAUCGUAAUUACUUGUGGUUUUCUGAUUAAAUCUAUGGAACUAGAAACAGUAUUUAAACACCAGCAAUUCACACACAGACUCCACAUGAGCAAGCUGAUUUCUUGGCUAUUGCACUGUUCAGCUGAUCACUGUGCAAAGGAAAGGGUUCUUCACCAAAAUGAAACUGCUGUUCUUCUCCUGUGUUCUGAGUAUUGCCAUUGCUGUCCCAGUACCUCUGGAUGACAGUGAUGGCAGUUCCAGUAGAGAGCGGCUGUCAUAUCGAUUCCCAUUUUAUCCACGGGUACCUCAGUUUCUUCCACCAUCCCCUCCGAUUCCACCUAUCCCAUUUCCACAGCCUCCACCAUCCCCUCCGUCUUCUAACUAUUUCUAUAUUCCACCAUCUCCGGUAAGUUUUCUCUAUAACAUGUUCCUUCCAUGUAUAGUGUCUUUCACUCUAAGAGGAUUGUGAAUGCGCCUAUUGUUACAUUUACACAGGCAAUGCAUAGGUCAAAGGUGAAUUCUGUAACUUUUUUGUCUCGAUAUGUAGUUAUGAUAAAGAUGCAGCCUAAUUGUACAUGGUGAAGGGAAAAAAUGGUAUUUCCUUUUAUUUAACUUUGCUGCUUUCCUU